GCGCGUGACGAGGAACAAAUAGAGGACGACGGAGGGGGCUCGAGCCAGUGCGAGGCAGAGGGGAGAGCCGGAGCCGUCCGUUGGUUCGAGUUGAUCCAGAGGCGCUUCGACUUUUAAUUUGAGCCGUGAUGGUUUGUGACAAAGCCCGUACGAUGGCGGUGUUUUGUACAGCGGGUGUCCUGUUGGUGUUCUUGUACGGGGCCAGUGCCAUGACAGCGGGGUUCAUCAAGUCCCCCCUGUCCCAAAUGAAACUGACUGAAGACAGUGCUGAGCUGCACUGCGAGGUCACUGGCAGCCCCAUCCCCGAGGUUCAGUGGUGGUUUGUGGAGGGCGAGGAGCCCAACGAGACUUUCACGCAGCUCUUUGAUGGGGCGCGCCAGGAGCGGGUCAGGAUCAACGCGACCUACAUCCUCCACGCCACCAGUGCCGUUUACCUCGCCAACCUCACGCUGGGGGACUCGGGUACUUACGAGUGCCGAGCUUCCAAUGACCCCGACCGCAACGACCUGAGGAAGACCCCCCGAAUCAAGUGGAUCCGCUCGCAGGCUAACGUUCUCGUGUUUGAACCUCCUCCGAUAAACACCUCUUCUGUGGCACUUGGCGAUAACACAACCCUUCUAUCCUGCAACUUAACGAGCCCACCAUCUCCAGUUAAAGGUCAUUACUGGGCGAAAAAUGGGAAGAAGCUGAAAGAUACAGAGGACGGGAGCACAGACCAAAGCAUGACGCACGUGGUGAAGACUUCUGAAAGUGAUGCUGGAGGCAUAUAUACUUGUGUGUUUCUCACUACUCCUGAAGCCAAUGGCACUAUUGAAGUAAAAACUAAGCCUCAGGCUAAAGCUUACAAACAUUCUGAACAUGGAAAUGAAAGGGACAAAGGAGCUCUCACUUGUGUUGGCCAUGGAUAUCCCCUGCCAACAACCUGGUCAUGGUACAUGAUGCAAGAUGAUGAGAAAAAGGCUAUUGUUAACGGGACUUCUGACAAGUAUGAAGUUAAGAGCACGCCCGAGAAGACAACGCUGUAUAUUGAUAACCUGGACAUGGAGUUGGACAUGGGCAACUACAUCUGCUACGCGGAGAAUGAGAUUGGCAAUUCCACUGACAAGAUCUUCUUGCGCGUGCGCAGCCGGCUAGCUGCCCUGUGGCCCUUCCUGGGCAUCGUUGCAGAAGUGAUCAUCCUCGUCACCAUUAUCUUCAUCUACGAGAAGAGGAGAAAGCCCGAUGAGAUCGUUGACGAUGACGACUCAGGAUCUGCCCCCCUGAAGAGCAAUGCUGCUGCUAAUCACAAGGAUAAGAAUGUCAGGCAGAGAAACUCCAAUUAAAAGGACAUGGAGGUAUCCUCAUGACUACUAUCUUGAUUUUUAAAUGGAGCAGUGAGUUUCUUGAGUACACAACGUUAGUGCACCUCGCAAUUUUCUACAAGUAAUCUGUAAAGGGGUAGUUUUUUUAUUUUUGUGAGUUUCACAAUGUCCAGAGAAACUGAUUUCUUAAGUGCUUUUUUUUCUUCUGUUAGUCACUUUCCAUUGUGCUGGCAGGGAAGGUGUCAAUUGAGUCUGUGUGUGGAAAAACUGCAUGAUUAUUUUUUAGGUUUUUUUUUGGGGGGGAACAGUGUUGGUAGUGAAACCUUUGUAAUGUUUUGUGAAAAUAAGCAGUAGUGGCUUUUGUCAAAUGCACAACUCCGUUCCUCAAAGGGUUCAUGCAGUCAUGGAGGUUUUGAAGGUUUUUCCAGCUCAGGACCCAAGAGAAGGGUCAUGCCAACCCAGCUGAGGAAAUUGGAGCUGUUAUUUAAGUGGCUAAGAACAGAUGAGUGAGGGGGGACCAACAUUUGGCCUUUGUGGAGCUGAGUUGUGUAACUUUUCUAAAUGAGACUGUAUAGAACUGACAGAUCCAUGGAAAACCCAUUCUGGUUUUAAAAGGUGCAUGUUUUAUGAAUUGGUUUUCCAUUUUUUAUAUAAAUAAAAUUGUCAGCUUAAUUGGCAAAAUCCUAAUAAAAUAAUACUGAUUUUCCUUGCUUCAGUUGCUUGUUGGAACUUUCUAAAUUAGACUAGGGUGAAUGCUGCUUUGUAAUUUAUGGUAAACAUGCAUUUUUUUCUUUUGCAAAGGUUUAAGAAGUUAGCAGAUGUAACUAUUCAUCGUGUAAUGGUAACUUAUUUUCACAUUUCAACAUAGCCCUGUGAAGGAGGUGGACCAUGCCACGAAGUGUAACUGACAUUUUCUUUAAAACUUGGAUAUUGGGAUAUGUUUCUAGUAAGAUUUGUCUAUUCACAAUUUUAAAGUCUUUAAAAGUGUUGCACAGCUUGUAAGUGGUAAUGUUUGGUCAAUCAGGCCAGGUGAAUUGUCCUGUCGGAUUCACCUGUUUUCAUCCCAUUUUAUUGAUGAACCUGGUAUGAACCUUGCAUUGACUUAAUUAGUAUUGUAACUAGGGUUGUAAUGCUGUUUUGAUCUACAUUGAACCAUAUAUUGAAUCUAAAGAAGUUCAGACACCAAUACUUAUUCUUUCAAAUGUAUUGUCAGAGCCUGCACAAGAUGAUAGCUAAGUUGUUUCUGUAAAAACUUGCACAAAAUAAAAUUGUUUUAAUUUUAA